AUGGGACGAGACACGCCGGUUUUGGCAGUACAGGGACGCCGCAUUGGGAGGAGAGGCGACGACUCACCCCCGGAGCCCGAUGAGGAAAUUCGGCGGCUGGCGUCGAUGAUCACGCGACAAGCCUCACGUGGCUUUACGGGCGAGACUUGGUACGACUUUGACUUGCCGCUAAACAGGACUGACCCAAUUGUCAUCUUGCACUUUAACGAUGUCUACAACAUUGAUACCAGAGAAGACGGGUCUGGUGGCGUCGCUCGAUUUGUUACUGCAAUGCAACGCUUCAGUCAUUUGCACCCCUUGGUGUUCUUUUCUGGAGACGCUCUGAAUCCCUCAUUGAUGAGUACGUACAUGAAAGGGCGCCAGAUGAUUCCUUUUUUAAACCUUCUCAAGGUGCACACCGCUUGCCUGGGUAACCACGACUUUGAUUUCGGCAUUGACGAACUGGAAUAUACAAUUGGUUCGUGCAAUUUCCCUUGGCUGCUCACAAACGUGUUUGCAAGGUCCUCGUCUGAUGACCUACGCAAAUUGGACAGAUACAUGCACGGAAAAGAAGAUGAAAGCCAGCACAGUAGAAACUGCCCUGGAGAAGGGCUCCAAGAAAAACGUGGGACUAGCGAAGACGAGUCCCUCGCGGCUGAUAGCCAGACUGCUGAUCCGUUUGCUGGUGACUACACUGUUCUUCCUGGAGAGCCCAUCGCUAAUGCUUGGAAAUAUCGUCUUUUUGAGUGGCAGGGAGUCCGCAUUGGCGUCAUUGGCCUGGUUGAACGAGAAUGGCUAGAUACUUUGGCAUGCAUCAGCGCCGACGACGUGGUGUACGUAGACUACGUGUUGGCGGCAAACCGGAUGUGCCGGUUCUUGAGAGCAAAGGAGUGCGAGUUGAUCAUAGCUCUGACGCACAUGCGGGCACCAAAUGAUCAGCGCCUUGCCGAGAUGGCUCCAGAUAUUGACAUUAUCCUUGGCGGUCACGACCACGACUACUAUGGACUGCAAGUGAUAGAGCCCACAGCAGAUAACCCAGUGCUGUCUUCGCAACACACUGCUUGUUGUUCAGGUGGCACGCCUGUUGUCAAGUCUGGUACGGAUUUCCAUGACUUCACCGCUAUUGCGAUCUUCCCAGGAGACUCCUCCCCCCAGCCAAAUCUGCUUGCAACUGCACUGAUUGACGAUUCAGGGAAGCAUGUGGGGGCAGCUGCCAUCGCAGCUGCUGCUGUGGCAUCAGCUCCGAGAGUACUGGAUGGAACCGACCCACCUCCAGAAGCUACAGCCUCCGCGAUAGCUGCAGCUGUUGCUGUGGCCCAGGAGGCGUCAAGCAGUAAAGCUGAAGAACUGAGCCCAAGCGAAUUGGCGUCGCAGCUGCUACAUGCGAAGGGAAGAGUAAUCCCCGAUAACAAACCGGGGCAGGGCGGUACAGAAGAACGUCAUUUGUUGCUCAAGCCUGCCCUUCCAGCUCAGUCACAAAGCCACUUGAAGCCGUCAGACUGCCCAGGUGGCGUCGUUGUUGUUCCGAAGAUUCUGGGAAAGUCUUUAGUCCAGUGGGAACGUGUUCGAGUAACGCCCAGUAGCUUUGCAAAGAACAAGCACGUAGAGCUCCUUGUGAAGAAGUAUGAACGCCACAUAAAGCAGCAAAUGCGUAAAAAACUGGCAAAACUGGGCGCUGAGCUUGAGACGAGGUUCCGAAUUAUCCGCACUCAAGAGAGCAACUGCGGCAAUUGGCUGUGCGAGCUAAUGCGCAAGGAGUGCAAGAGUGAUAUUGCCUUUAUAAAUUCGGGGACGAUUCGGUCUGAUUGCGUCUUUAAGGUGGGAGACUUUCGUUACGGGGACCUGGCAGCUAUGCUGCCAAUGGCAGACGAAAUAGCUGUUGUCAGCUGUAAAGGCUCUGUGCUUCUAGCGGCCCUGGAAAAUGCAGUAUCGCAGAUUCCUAAGACGGAAGGUCGGUUUCUGCAAGUCGCUGGGAUUAGGUUUGAAUUUGACAGUAGCAAACCAGCUGGGAGUCGCGUGAUCAGGGAAACCGUUAAGGUGGCACCCAGGGGAAGUUCUCUCCAGUCUUCUGAUGGGCAAGCUGGUCUAGGACGUUUUGAGCCAUUGGACGAAAAUGCAGAGUAUACGGUGGCGACGAAGUCGUACGUAUUACAGGGUCGUGACGGGUUUACAAUGAUGACGAGCUGUCCAGUGGUUGUAGAGGGUGAGCGUUUGCCCCCUCUGCCGACGCUCGUGCGGAAUGCCUUGUCGUUAACUGCCAUGGCGAACGGUCUGAAGAGACCGCAUUCACGCGUCGUAUCUCGUCAGCUAUCGUGUUUUACGAGCCUUCAACAGGACCAGAUGCUUUCCGAGUUCGGAUGCAAGAAGGACAUGGACGACGAGGUGGUCCUCGCUCCAAAAUGUGACGGUAGAAUCGUAGAUAGGAACCAACAACCCAUGUAA